AUGUCUGCUGCCGCCUCCGCUGAAAUGAUCGAAACUCCCCCGGUCCUCAACUUCGAAGAAAUUGACUACAAGGAGAUAGAGGUGGAAGAGGUUGUUGGAAGAGGAGCCUUUGGUGUGGUCUGCAAGGCAAAAUGGCGAGGAAAAGAUGUAGCCAUUAAACAAAUAGAAAGUGAAUCUGAAAGAAAGGCAUUCAUUGUGGAGCUUCGACAGUUGUCACGUGUGAACCAUCCUAAUAUUGUCAAGUUAUAUGGAGCCUGUCUGAAUCCAGUGUGUCUUGUUAUGGAGUAUGCUGAAGGAGGUUCUCUAUAUAAUGUACUGCAUGGCGCUGAGCCUCUACCUUAUUAUACUGCUGCACAUGCAAUGAGUUGGUGUUUACAGUGUUCCCAAGGUGUGGCAUAUCUCCACAGCAUGAAACCAAAAGCUCUAAUUCACAGGGACCUGAAACCGCCAAACUUGCUGUUGGUAGCUGGGGGGACAGUUCUAAAAAUCUGUGACUUUGGUACAGCCUGUGAUAUUCAAACACACAUGACCAACAAUAAGGGAAGUGCUGCUUGGAUGGCACCUGAAGUUUUUGAAGGUAGCAAUUACAGUGAAAAAUGUGAUGUAUUCAGUUGGGGUAUCAUUCUUUGGGAGGUAAUCACCCGUAGGAAACCUUUUGAUGAGAUUGGUGGUCCUGCUUUCCGCAUAAUGUGGGCAGUUCACAAUGGUACCCGGCCACCACUGAUCAAAAAUUUACCUAAGCCUAUUGAGAGUUUAAUGACUCGUUGUUGGUCUAAGGAUCCUUCACAACGACCUUCCAUGGAAGAAAUUGUCAAAAUCAUGACACAUUUGAUGCGGUACUUUCCAGGAGCUGAUGAACCUCUGCAGUAUCCUUGUCAGUAUUCAGAUGAAGGCCAAAGCAAUUCUGCCACUAGUACAGGCUCAUUUAUGGACAUCACUUCUACAAACACCAGUAACAAGAGUGAUGCUAACAUGGAACCAAGUGACUUUCAAGGACCUGCCACCAAUGAUACCAUUAAACGCUUAGAAUCAAAACUGGCUCAGCAAAUGAAAAAUCCAACAAAGCAGUCGGGGGACCCUGGUCGUUUGAGUUUACCUCCAUCUCGUGGGAGCAGCGUGGAAAGCUUAUCAGAUGUUCGUGGACGACCACAAUCAACUCUUGUUUCAGGAGAAAGCAAGCGGAUGAGUGCUGACAUGUCCGAAAUAGAAGCAAGGAUUACUGCUACCACAGCCUAUUCCAAGCCUAAACGAGGCCAUCGUAAAACUGCUUCAUUUGGCAACAUUCUGGAUGUCCCUGCAGUCGUCAUAACAGUUGGUAAUGCACAGGACAGGAAAAAGUCCAUUCAAGAUCUUAGUGUUGCUGGAACUGAAUCCAAUCAGGAGAGCAGAAACAGCAGUAGAUCAUCCAGUCCUAGUGUGAGAAUGAUCACUACCUCAGGACCAACCUCUGAAAAGCCAGCUCGUAGUCUUCCAUGGACACCUGAUGAAUCUACAGAUACCAAUGGGUCAGAUAACUCCAUCCCAAUGGCAUAUCUUACACUAGAUCACCAGUUACAGCCUCUAGCACCAUGCCCAAACUCCAAAGAAUCUAUGGCUGUAUUUGAACAGCACUGUAAAAUGGCACAAGAAUAUAUGAAAGUUCAGACAGAAAUUGCAUUGCUAUUGCAGAGAAAACAAGAGCUAAUAGCAGAACUGGACCAGGAUGAAAAAGACCAGCAAAACACAUCCCGUCUAGUACAAGAACAUAAAAAGCUUUUAGAUGAAAACAAAAGUCUUUCAACUUAUUACCAGCAAUGCAAAAAACAGUUAGAGGUCAUCAGAAAUCAGCAACAGAAACGACAAGGCACAUCAUGAUUCACUGGGACCUUUCAAUUUUAAAAUAUGCACAGAAAAGACUUUUGUAUUACCCCUUAUUAUGACAACUCAUGAGUGUUAGCUUCUUGGUGUGUUCAGAAUGCCUAUAUUUGUCUUCUACACUUAGAACGGCAUUUAUUUUCCUUUUCCUAUGAUGGACAUUGAGUUUGAGAGGUUCAUUGAACAAGGUGGGAGAACAGUGACUUGAAUUAAUCACCAGGACUCAGCUUACACAAAUACAGUGAAUUGUGGCUGUACAUGUGCUCAGUGUGUGAAGGCUACCCUAACAAGCAUUAAAAUGGCUGCUAAAUUGGAAGAUCUUGUUUUAAUUUCUGAUGUUACCUCAAUAAGAACAAAACAAAAACUUCUGUUGGAGUGGUUUUGUUCUUGUGUCUCAUCUCAAGCAAAUUUACAGUGACAGUCAUUUUCUCAUGCACCAUGCUGCAGACCUGAACUUGAUUGACCAGAGUAAUUCAUUGUGCAUUUGUGAUGCAUUUUACCUGUAAUCUUAGUGCAUUUUUCCAUGUGCAAAAUGGUAGUCAGACUGAUGCCAACAUCACUGGUUCAGUGCUUGAUAGUCCUGCAUUUUGACUAAUCUGUUUCUUGUAAUCUUGCAUUCAUAAAAUAAUUGAAGCAAAAGGCUGUAUUUUCUUUACUAUUUUUUUUAUUUUUGGGGGGGAGGGGGAGGAGUGGAGUGGCAUGCAGUUUCUCCUAAUCAUACUGGACAAAAAAUGAUGAGGGUGAUUCAUUAAGUAAAAUGUUUCCCUUGUAUAAAAGAAGAAACAUCCAAAAUGUGUGGAAGCAUGUGUUAAGCUUUAAAACUUUUGUGCCUGUAGCAUCUUUGGAAGACAGUUCAGAAAGCAAAUGAAUAUAAAGUUCUAUAUAAUCAUUCCCUUAAUAUUAGAUAUUGGAAUCUUUUAGAACCUUUAUUGAAAUACUGAAAAGAAAACAUCGGUAUUCACCAUACAUGUAAAUAAGUUUGUUUUGGAUAAAGAAAUGAGGAUUUGAGUUUUUUAUUUUUAAAUAAAAAAACAUGAUAUAGAGUAGGGAAUGCAGAUGGAAGAAGCUGGUAAGAAAUGAGAGAAAUGGCUUAGUCUGCUUCAUGAAUCCUAAUUAUUUCAGUCAUUUUGAGAAGUGUUCCAAGCAAGCCCACCACAGAAUGCCUACUGUCUUUGUGACUAAAGAGUCGCAUUUAAUGAACUCAAACGAAACAUAACAUGAUUAAUAUCUAUAUUCACCAUGAUUAUUUGGGCAUAAAUCACUGAAAAUGGAUUGUCUGGAUUAUAAACGAGCUUUCAAAUUAGUCACUUUUUAAUAGAAUCAUAAACAAUUAAGUUCUCGGGCUCACUUUUAAUAACGUUAGUCUUUUGCAAAUAUAAAUUUUUCAGAGAGAAAAUAUAAAAUGAAAACUUAGUCUCUGUAUCAACAAAAUACCAGAAAUGUGAUCAAAAGUUUGUGAUGUUUGGCUUCUGUUCAGAUGAAUAAAUUGGUGCAAGAGUUCAUUAAUAGCACUUGGUAAAUGCUUUUUUGUAAAAUCCUCUGAUAAAUUCUGAUAUUAUUGUCAGUGUGUAAGAAUAUCAAAGAUGAAGGAUAACUUACCAAACUAUGCCAUUCUAACUUUAAAAUAAAUCUAUUAUUGGCAAGCCCUUUUGGAGUUAAAAAUCUUCCGUCACUUUAUUUAAAUAAAGGAAGGGUUAUCAUUCCCGAAACCUUAGCAGAUAAUUUGAUUAGUUAGCUGAAACUGAUAUUGGGAUCAACUUAAGGGCACACAUAUUUAUAGCAAAAUGUAAUUGGCAGAGAAAAUAACUGUAGUAUUAGGAAUAGCACAAGUGAUCCAAAGCAUUGCUGUUUGCAUACAUCUGUCCAUCUACCAAAAUGGACACAGUCUGUGUUCAGCAGCUUCUUAGCAUGUGUUUUAAGCAUGAAGUAGAAUAGAAUGAAUACUAAUGCUUGACUUCACAUGCAUGGUUAAUAAUUGCAAAAUCAUUUCCGAAGACAGUUAUUGAGGUUCUUCUAUGUCAUAAUGAAACAUUUUUAAAUUAACACUCCAUGUACAAAGUCACUUUAUGGCAAAAUUAGAAUAAUGGAAAGAAAGCAAUGCUAACUUCAUUUAAUGGUACAUAAAUUACUUUUUAAGUUUACAUUGAAAAGGGUCUCAUACUGUAAAAUAAGUACUGUAUGUUUUAUGGAAUUCAGCUCCAUUCACUACUUAGAAUGGCAGAACUAUCUAUUUUCCAGAGGGAAUAUAGAGCUUAUGUUCUCUUGCCUUUAAAUCUUCCCUUCCCUAAUUCCACCAAUAAUGUAUUUGCCCCACAACUUCCCCCAAAAACCAAUAGGACAGCAAUGACUAAGAAGAAUUAACAAUUUCUUCCUGUGACGUUAGUAUUUUCAAGACGCUUUUGCUUUAAAGUUGUUUAGAAAUGUGCUUUUACUUUUUUCUGUUCAACUGUUUUGGAGUGUUCACAACAUUUUUCAUGUCACCUAUUAUUCAGUUAAAACUCUCCCUCUGUUCAUGAAUGUGAAAUAUGUAGUUUUGUCUGGACACUGCCUCCUCAAUCUCAAAACAGUAAUAGGUUCUGCAUUUAUUGUCAAAGUAUGUGUUGUGUAAGAUAUUGUCUACUGAAAGAAUGCUUCAGUAUAUUGUGCAGUUCUACCAAAAUGCUUUACUGGGCUUUAUUUUUGGGUGGGUUUUUGAUGAAAAGAUGAUUGUAAUUCAAAACUUGUACAUAAAAUGGUGAAUGAUUUCAUAUGAUGUGGGAAUGAUCAGUGUGGCUUUCUGCUACAGGGAUGUACUGCAUUACCAGGAAUCAGAGUAAUAAACGCUGAAAGACUUUAACAGA